AGACAGCCCGGCCUCUCCCGUCUUCUCUCAUGCAGACGGCAGACGGAAGACGGCAGACACAAACAUACAUACAUACAUAAUUACAUAUGGAAGCGGAAACAGGGUCAAAAAAAUGGGAAGGGAAGGUCUCCGCUGGGCUACCAAUCCCAACAGCAGCACAAGUGUGGCCUUUCUUGGAGGACUUUUGCAACGUGCACAAAUGGCUUCCUUGUGUUGAAACGUGUUAUCAAGUAGAUGGGAUCUCUGGGCAGCCUGGAAUGAUCCGUUACUGCACCGGCACAAUAAAAGACGGCCGAGAUGAGACGAUGAUCAAAUGGGCCAAAGAGAAGCUACUUACGAUUGAUCCCAUCAAACGCUGCUUGAGCUAUGAGAUCUUAGAUAAUAACGUCGGCUUGAAGUCAUACGCGGCAACAAUGAUGGUUUUGCCAAGCGAUAUUGGUGAUGGCAUACAUGGGUGCAAGAUCGAGUGGUCAUUCGUCAGCGAUCCGAUUGAAGGGUGGAGACUUGAAGAUUGGGUCUCUUUUCUGGAGGCGAGCCUCCAGUCCAUGGCAAAGAAUAUACAAGAUGCCCUCCUCCUCCUUUGAAGUUUUCAACUACCUGUUCGAUCUAUUAUUCUAUGAUCAUUUGCUUAUAUAGUUUCCAAGUUGGUUAAUGUUUGUUCAAAGGAAUACGAGGGUUUUCAACUCUUUGUUUGAUUAUCUAAUCUUCUCCUUUUAAAUAAAUGAUUGGUGAUUUGUUGGAGUCUUAA